AUGUCCACAGGAGAACAGUUGGGUGUACUGGAUGGCUUUCGCAAGAAUGCCUUCAACGUCCUGGUGGCUACCAAUGUCAUCGAGGAGGGUCUGGACGUCCGCGCGUGCAAUGUGGUCAUCAAAGUCGAUCCAGUUACCAACUUUCGGUCUUUCAUCCAGUCACAGGGACGAGCUCGUGCUGCUCACUCUUACUACGUUCUUAUGGCGGAGGACAAACUCAAGUGUCAAUCAACCGUGGAGUCGUUUCGGCGGCUCGAAAGGGAACUCACGGUGGCCCUGAGGGAUCGCUGUGUGGAUAGCGUGGAAGAGGAGGAGGUUUUGGAUUCUGUCUUUAACCUCGAUAAGCAAUCCUACAAACCAUUCGGUGAUGACGGGCCUCGAAUCACCCCCAGCAGUGCGGCCUCAGUUCUAAUGAGAUACGUCGCCACUCUAAAAACUGAUGCUUCUUAUACCCUGAAGAUCCUCUACUCCCACAAGAAAAUGGCACUGGGUGGCUAUCAAGUUCAGUUGCUGCUGCCACCACCAUUACAGGGUUUGCUGCUAGAGUGCAAGGACGUCUACGAAAUGUCCGAUCUAUGGGAGUUUUCGCGUCACUUUGGUGGGAUCUUUACGAAUAGCGCAAUCGCAUCAAGUGAAGCUAUGCUUUCUGACUCGCGACUCCUUCCCAAUGCCUUGGAACAUCAAAAAUGUAUUACCAUCCUAGUUUUUAUUUAA